AUGUUUAGUCAAAACUCCGGAGCACUAAUCUUCGUUUUCGCUAAAGAAGCGUUGCUUCCCAAAAGUUUCUUGUUACCGGCAAAUGUCUUGUAUUGCACAUUUUUCGGAUCUUCGAUGGCGUUGUUUGCUAUUCAUUUUAUAUAUAGAUACUUGGCAGUUACAGGAAGCAACUUGAUCAAAAAUCACAAUAGGAAAGUGAUAAUUUUCCUGUUGCUUUUCCCAUUAAGUUUUGGUUUUUUCUGGUAUUUAUUAAGUCAUUUCACGUUGGGACCAUUUGAAGAAGGUGACUUGUUCGUGAGAAAGUAUUAUCUUGUUGAUCACGAUAUCCAACUGUCCGAAAUUCACUAUGUUGGAUACUACUUCUACCCUGAAGAUGCUUAUGGGAAUACAACCAUGAAUUGGAAAUGUAUUGUUGGUUGUGCUAUAGAAGCUUCUUUCAUAAACGUCUCUUUUGGAAUUAUAUUCUACUAUGGUUACAAGUGCUAUCGUCACACUAAAUCAGCAAGCAAAAAAUUCACAACAUCCUCUUCCCACAUUUCUCUACAAACUCAAUUGUUCUAUGCAUUGGUUUUUCAAACGGUCAUUCCAGUAUUUCUCAUGCAUAUUCCAUCAACUAUUAGUAUAUCAGCAGCAUUCAGUAACAUAUCUUUCGAGUCGCUGAGCCAAAUGCUCGCGUGUACUAUAUCUCUAUAUCCUGCUCUUGAUCCACUUCCAAACUUUUUCAUUAUCAAAAGUUAUCGGUUGGCAAUCCUUGGGUUCUUCAAAAGAGUGGCUUAUUUCAUUGUCUGUCGAAAAGCUAAUACAACGAAUAUCAUCAAGGUUCAAACUAGAAACGAAUUGUUUAUGUCGAAUGCAUCGAAAACAAUAAUGACUUGA